AUGACUUUAGAAGACCCAGAUACCGCAGGAACGCACUCUGACUUUCGUGGACAUAGGCAUUGGCAUGACAAGGCUGAUCUCAUGAAUAAUUUGGGAACCAUUGCCAAGUCUGGUACUAAAGCAUUUAUGGAGGCUCUACAGGCUGGUGCAGACAUCUCCAUGAUUGGGCAGUUUGGUGUCGACUUUUAUUCUGCCUACCUGGUGGCAGAGAAAGUGGUUGUGAUCACAAAGCACAACGAUGAUGAUCAGUAUGCCUGGGAAUCUUCUGCUGGGGGUUCCUUCACCAGGAACGUGCUGAUCAUGGACUGGGAAGACCACUUGGCAGUCAAGCACUUCUCUGUAGAAGGUCAGUUGGAAUUCAGGGCAUUGCUAAUCAUCCCUCGUCGGGCUCCCUUUGACCUUGUCAGAAUCCCAGGUUUCGGCACCAAAGACGUCAGGGUAGAAGACUGCCCUUGGUUGUUGGCGUGUGCUCUUGACUGA